AUGCCUGAAACUGAUGCAGGUUACGAAGAUGGUGUGGAAGAACGUGUUAUUAAUGAAGAAUAUAAAUUUGGAAAAAGAAUACUCCUUUCCUCUCAAUGGUUACCCGAAGUCACAAGACCAGAAGGUAAAGAUUUUUCUAUUCAUCGGCUUAUCUUGGGAACUCAUACAUCUGAUGAACAAAAUCACUUACUUAUUGCUAGUGUUCAUAUGCCAAAUGAUAAUGCUCAAUUUGAUCCUAAUAGUUAUGAUGUUGAACGUGGUGAGUUUGGUGGGUUUGGUGCAGUAACCGGUAAAAUUGAGAUCAAUAUAAAAAUCAAUCACGAGGGUGAAGUAAAUCGAGCUCGUUAUAUGCCACAGAAUCCAUGUGUAAUCGCUACUAAAACGCCUAGUUCUGAUGUUUUGGUGUUUGAUUAUACCAAACAUCCAAGUAAACCUGAUCCAUCUGGUGUAUGUCGACCGGAAUUACGUUUAAGAGGGCAUCAAAAAGAAGGUUAUGGUUUAUCAUGGAAUCCAAAUUUAAAUGGUUAUUUGUUGUCUGCGUCGGAUGAUUAUACUAUUUGUAUGUGGGAUAUUAAUGCAACUCCAAAAGAAGGUCGUAUUAUAGACGCUCAAACUAUAUUCACUGGUCAUACAAGUGUUGUAGAAGAUGUCAGUUGGCAUCCAUUACAUGAAUCUAUAUUUGGUUCAGUUGCUGAUGAUAAAAAACUUAUGAUAUGGGAUACACGUAGUGGUUGUACAACACGUCCUAGUCAUACAGUUGAUUCACAUUUAGCUGAAGUUAAUUGUUUAUCAUUUAAUCCAUUUAGUGAAUAUAUAUUAGCCACUGGUAGUGCUGAUCGAACUUUACAUUCAUUUGAAUCGCAUAAAGAUGAAAUAUUUCAAGUUCAAUGGUCACCACAUCAUGAAACUAUUCUCGCUAGCUCAGGUACCGAUCGACGUCUACAUGUUUGGGAUCUUAGUAAAAUUGGUGAAGAACAAUCAGCUGAGGAUGCUGAAGAUGGACCACCGGAAUUACUGUUCAUUCAUGGUGGGCAUACAGCGAAAAUUUCAGAUUUUUCAUGGAAUCCAAAUGAUGCAUGGGUUAUUUGUUCCGUAUCUGAAGAUAAUAUAUUACAAGUGUGGCAAAUGGCUGAGAAUAUUUACAAUGAUGAAGAACUCCCAUUGACCAUUGAAAAUGAAUAG